AUGAAGUUUACCGUCUUCUCAACUUUCUGUUUACUGCUUAUUCCCAUGACAUCCGCCCAAGUCACCCUCAUUGGGCAGAUUGUGUCUGGCAGUGAGCUAGUCACUAUCGAAUCUGUUUCUUCUUCUCUUACGCCCAACGGAGGCAAAAGCUGUCAGGUCGUGAUUAAUGGUCCAGAAAUCACAGGAGGUACAACAGUGAUCUGCAGUGACGGGGCGAUUGCAGUGAACACGGCCAGCUCCGCUGCUACCAUGACGCAGACGACGACUUUGCUCGGUACUUCCGUUGAUGUGUCUAGUACUAGUGUGCUGGCUGGUACUAGUGCGGUAUAUAGUAUCAAGACCUUGUCUGAUACUAGUGUUGCGUCCCGUACCAGUUCUGGUACGAACUCUAUCACCGUUUUGCCUCCGAGUUCAAACGCCAACCCUGUAGUAACUUCUACAAUUACCGGGGGCUCUGCUGGACCUACUAGUGGGCCAAGAAUUGAUUUUGUUAUUGUCGCAGGCUUUCUAGGUGUGGUGGGAGUGUUGUGA